AUGAUAAAUACUCAGUGUUCCGCACCUGCUGGAGUGAAGAUUGUGUGUGUGGCCCUUGGGAUCCUGGGUCUCGUCGGCGCCAUUGUGUGCUGUGCUGUUCCAAGAUGGAAAGUGUCGUCAUUCAUUGGAUCCAACAUCGUAACUGCCCAGAGCACUGAGGACGGCCUGUGGAAGACCUGCGUGGUGCAGAGUACAGGCCAGCAGCAGUGUAAGAGCUACGACUCCCUACUAGUCCUGUCCUCUGACCUCCAGGCUGCCCGUGCUCUGAUCAUCAUCAGCUGCAUGAUCACUUGCCUUUGCCUGCUCCUCCUGUGCGCCGGAGCCGAGUUUACUACGUGUGUGCAGAACGAGAGCGCCAAGCCCAAGAUCAGCCUGGUGGCUGGGAUCGGCCUGCUGCUGGCUGGCAUCCUGCUCAUCAUUCCCGUCAGCUGGUCUGCUCACAUUGUGAUCCAGGACUUCUAUAACCCCCUGGUUCCGCAGAAGAAGGAGCUGGGAGCCUGCAUCUUCGUGGGCUGGGCUGGAGGGGUGCUGCUGGUGCUGGGUGGAGGUCUUCUAUGCUGCUUCAGCUCUGGAGGAACUGCCAAGUACUACACAGCACAUUCCAAACUGUUAGAAAUCCAGAGUAGUGAUGACCAGAGUAUAGUUUUAUACUCUUUGGUGUAGAAUUGGUCAAUAUAC